AUGAAUCUCAUCUUGUUUGGACUUUUGACUCUUCCUGUCACCCUGGCUGUAAGCACUGGUACAACUCAGUUGAACAAUGGGAGCAUCAAUAUGACAAUCUCUCUUCCAACCACAACCACUAUGAGAUGGGAGAUCACCACUGCUGACACUAACUGGGUGGCCAUAGGCUUCGGUACUUCCAUGACAAAUGUCGACAUGAUCACUAUUCAAAAUGAAGGAACUUGGACUGUUGAGGAUAGAUACUCUACCGGCCACUCUCUUCCCCCUGCUGACACUACCAACAAUGUUAAUAACUUUGCUGUCUCUAUGUCAGGGAGUACCAAUACCUACACCUUCGAGAGAGCUCUCAAUACUGGCGAUUCCCAAGAUUUCACAGUUUCUGAUGAACUUUCCAACCAAUUUUGAAGCAAGACAAUGGAUGCAGGAUGUAUUAACAUGAUCUAUGGGUAUGGCAAUGGAGCAAACUUUGCUAAACAUAGCGUUGGAGCUUAUGGACAGUUCAAUUUUACUAUCAAAGCAGCCACUAGAGACGUGUUUAUUGGCGAAGACUCUACUGUGAAGGUAGAUACGGAGCAAACUUUGGUCCAUGGUCUCCUCAAUUAUAUUGCUUGGGGAUGGCUCUCUUUCUUGUUGAUUGUUACUGGGAGAUACUCAAAGUACUUUUACUCCUUCAGAACAAUGCUGCAUGGAUUAGUUGGAAUCCUAGCCUUAGUAUUCACACUUGUGGCAGUACUAGGAUACGGAAAAGGAGGAAGAACAAGAGCCUCCCUCAACUCAAUGGGAGAUGAACACAAAAGUAUCUCAGGUGUUGUGAGCAUCUGGGCAGCGAUCACUGUAAUUUUCGGAAUGAUUAUGAAGAUCUUUGGAGUCUUCUUUGGAAGAUUCUCUUUCGUGUCGUACUACCUUUGGUAUGCUCAUGUUAUUGUUGGGAGCCUAUUAAUUGUAUACUCCCAGUUCGCAAUUUUAUCAGGAUUGUUUCUGUAUGAUUCUCCUAUAACAUUUCUUUAUUAUAUCCAUCUGACCCUAAUGGUUCUGAUGCUGAUUAUCUGCGAAGUCCUUUGGCAACUGAAUCAACAAUGGAAAUACACUGCGAUUAGUGAGUUCGAGAAGAAAGGCCUCCCAGAAAUGACUAUCGAAGAAGUUCAAAACUCCAAGAGAAAGCUUGCCAUUUUCGACCAAUAUGUCAUCGACUUUGGAAAGUAUCAGUACGAUCACCCAGGUGGGAAAUAUGUUCUUGAAGAGUGUGCUGGCAAGGAAAUUGGGAAGUACUUCUAUGGCGCUUACUCUCUUGAUGAUAAUAUUAAGACUCAUAAGCACUCCUUUGUUGCAGGCAAGAUAUUGAAAAAGAUCGCUAUUGCCAAGCUAAAAUCUCCAGAAGAUACUCAGAAAAUGGUAACAAGUAGAUUUGACGAUAUAAAUGGAAUUGAAGAUAGAUCUAAUGAGCUCUAUACCGGCAAUUUCAGAGUUAAGCAGAAAGAUGAACUAUUCAAAGGAGUGUACAGGGUCACCUUUAAAAACGAUACCAAAGGUUACAAAGUGAUUGUUCCUGGCAUCAGCUCAUUUGGAAGACACUACUUGAUACAUUCCGAGGACCAAAAGGUAUCUAGAUAUUAUACAAUAUGUAAUGUGAUGAACUCAGAGAUCUAUCCAGUUUAUAUCAACGCUAUUGACAAAAUCCUAGGAAACCAAACAGAAGGAGAAGUCACGCUCGAUAAUGUAGAAGAAAUUUCUCAAAAUCUCCAAUUAGUUAUUAAGUUUUAUGACCAAUCUAAGAAAGGAUUGACUAGGCUUUUAGCGAACGUACAGGACAGAGAUGAAUUUAUAAUCUCAAAACCACUAGGAAAAGGACUGGACCUCAGACCAGAGGCUAUUUCAGGGACGAAUGUCCUAUUCCUUGGAGGAACUGGAGUCCUUCCAUUUUUGGAUUUGUUCGCUUACUUGGCAAGAAUGGUCAUAAGAGAUAAUUCUCCUUCUGAUAGUCUGAUCAGAAAUGAAGAGUUUGAUGAAUGCUUCAAAGACAGCAAGUUUAUUGUCUAUGGAUAUUACCCAACACAAGGGGAAGCAGUAGCUUUGGACUUCCUUAUGAAGCUCUCCGACCUCUUCAGUCAUUUCCAAAAGCAACCUCAGUUCAGCUUCACUCCCGUCUUCACUAGACAAGGAGGUGAGCAUUUGACUUCAAACAGUCUCUACUCUCUCUUAGACCCUAUCUCCUCAACCUCCACUCUCAGAACAAUCUGGGUGUGUGGGCCUCCCAAGAUGAACAACUUGUUCCAAAGAAUUCACAGAAAUAUUCUGAGCAGAUAUGAAGACUCUGCUGUCGAAAUCAUGUAA